AUGGAAUUAGCGAUUGAGAAUAAUUUUGUAACAAUAGACCUACCUACAACUGUCCAAUCAAAAUCGCUGACUGAAAACAAGAUGGAAGAAGAAGAUGAUGAUGAGACAAUUUGCCUAGAGCAGUUGAAAUUAAGAGACUAUCAAAUGGAGUUGGCGGAGAAUGCUUGCAUGGGUAGGAACUGCAUCGUAGUGGCUCCCACAGGAUCUGGAAAAACCCACGUAGCCAUGUAUAUUAUGAAGAACCAUUUAGAAAAUGCAGAUGGAAAGAAAGUGAAGAAGGUCAUUUUUAUGGUGCCGACAGUUGCACUGGUGGAGCAGCAGAAAAGUUUGUUUGAAAAAUACUUGCCGAAGAAGAUUUGUGGAAUCACUGGUGUGGAUAAUAUAUCUAUCAGGCAGCUCAUUACAGUUUAUGAUAUAUUCAUCAUAACUCCACAAAUUUUGGAAAAUUCGCUCAGAGAAGACCGCAAUUUUAUGGCGCAGUUGACCUUGAUGAUAUUUGAUGAAUGUCAUCACGCCAAGAAGGACCACCCCUACAAUGCUGUCAUGACCAGGUACCAUGACAUCCGAGAUUCAGACCGGGACGCUGACCUACCUCAGAUCGUUGGACUGACCGCAUCUGUGGGUGUUGGAAAAGCAAAAAAUUUAGAAGAGGCAAAAAAUUACGUAUUGAACAUCUGCGCCAAUCUCAAUGCCAUCUACGUUUCCACUGUUCGAAAGAAUUUGAAAGAACUAAACGAGUUCACUAACAAACCACUGAGCAAAACGAUAACAUGCAAGACCAGGCAGACGGAUCCUUUCAACGAGAUGAUUAAUGCCGAAAUGAUGGAAAUUGAGAAAGUUUUGUUGCAAAAUAAAGAUAUUAACUUGAAUUCUGUAUCAGAAAGAGGCUGUGAUCCGUACGUUCAAUGGCUUUCUAGAUUAAACAAACAAAUAUCUGUCGUUUUCGACCAAAACAAUCGAUUGCAGUUGCUGUCUUAUUAUGAGUUUCUUAAGAUGUACAACGAUGCGCUGAUGAUAAACAAUGCUUGUCGUACAAAAGAUGCUGUCAGCUUCAUUAAACAGUUUGUUUGCAAAUUUGAAAAUUUGCCCGCGGAGAGCCAGCCACAGAAUUUGAUCAGCUUAAAGUUGCUAUCCAACUGGACUCAUACGUUACAUCAUCCAUUAAAAAUCAUUGCAGACGACCAAAGAUACAAUAACCCGAAACUGGAACAGCUGAAAACAAUGCUACAUGAACACUACACCCUCUAUCCUGACUCAAGAUGUAUAAUUUUUUGCAAGACUAGGGAGAUGACUGUAGCUCUCGUUAAUUGGACGAAGGAGGCUGAUGAGUUGAAAUCAUUGAACGCUGAAGUUUUAAUCGGAGUGAACAAAACUGAUCAAACGAAGGCGAUCCAAGAUAACGUGAUGAAAAAAUUUCAGAAAGGAAAAUGCAAAUUAAUCAUCGCAACUUCUGUAGCAGAGGAGGGUUUGGAUUUUGCCAAGUGUAAUUUGGUCAUUCGUUACGAACAUGUCACUAAUGAAAUUGCUACCGCUCAAACCAGAGGGAGGGCGUCGAGAGCAGCUGAUUCAAAAAUCAUCUUGAUCGCUGAGAAGGGAAGCAAUGUUGUCGUUAAAGAGGAAAUUAACGUUGAGCUGGAGAAGAUGAUGAAUGAUGCCAUCGAUUACAUCCAGGAUCUCACUCCAGAUGAAAGAAGAGGCCGCAUUAAAAUUAUUCAAAAACAAAUAAAAUUCGAAAGAAGCAUGAACGAGCAAGCGAAAAGGUUAGGGAUCAAAUCAAAGAACGACGAUCCCUAUGAAAUUAGAUGCUUGAAAUGCACUCAUUUUGCUGCGAAUUCUGGUGACAUGCGCACGAUAGAAAAUGCGCAUCACGUCGUUGUCGAUCCCGAUGUCAAAGAAAGGAUAACUAUCAAACCUCACCCGAGGCCGUUAGCGAUCACGCCAGUUUACAAGAAGUUCGGCAAGGUGCAUUGCAAGAAGUGUGAUUUUGAUUGGGGCAUCAUGGCUUCGUACAAAGGGGUGCCCUUCCCUAUUUUGAAGAUUUGCAGUUUUAUCGUCAGAAAUAAAGAAACUCGAGAGCAGGCAAAUGUUAAAAAAUGGAAGGACGUACAAUUUGCAUUGGCUGCGUUGACAGAUGAAGACCUAAGUGCCAUGACUGAAUUCAAUAAAGAGCUUUACGCUGAUGUCAUGCCACCAUCCAUCGAUUGAAUUGGCCAAUAAAAGUUAUAAAAAUCA